CCAGUCGAUUACUCAGCGAGUAGUCAUGCAGGCUGCUCGCUCCCCGGCCCCGCCAUCUCUGGUAAUUCGCCUCGGUGCUUCGCGUUCACAACAGCUGAGUCGCUUGGCGACCGCUGACUCGUUUGAUCGGUAUCGCAAUAAACUGUAACUGAGAACGCGCCGGUUAAUUAAAAAAAAUAAAAUAGUAAUCGCGUUCCAAUUUUAAAUUGCGCGCUAAAUCUGGUCGUUGACAAAAUAAAAAUAAUAUUUUUGUCAUUUUUGUGUCAAAUUUUGUGAAUGGUGUUUGAUAAUGAACAAUACAAAAAUCGCGUGUAGUAUUUUAUAAUUUUUUACAUCUAUUCAGUAACGCGACAAAUUGAACUGUUUAAAUUUUCGUUGUCUUCCAGUCAACAUAAUAUUAGUGUGCCAUCGGAAAUUCUAAAAUGGAGAAGAACGGUGGAUCCAGGCUCUUGCAGAUGCAAGCCCGGUUCCAACAGAAGCAGAUGCAAGAGCGAGAGAUGAAGAUCGCGUCUCUGUACGAGGCGCAGCAGGCAAGGGCGCUGGACAGAGUGAGGCAUUCGCCCAGCAACGUGGGACAUGCCUCGCCGCCCCUGCCUCCGCCUACCACCACGCACCAACCCGGGAAGGUACGACAGAUGUUCGAAGAGCGUCGAACAAAAGCAGGCAUAGACAAGAGCUACCCCCUCCAGCCGAUCCACAACACAGACAGGCCGGCAGCCAGGAAGCCGCUGCCGAACGGCUACACCAAGGUCACCACCUCCAAGCUCAGCGUCGAGAAGAAGAACAGCAAGACACACACUAGUAUCAACUCACAUAGUGUCAAGAAACAGCAUCAUAAAAUAGAGAAUAUAGUAAAUGGAUCCGGUGAUCUCAAUCACAACCACGAACCGGACCUAAAUUCAGUCAAUCAUGUGCUGCCACAAAGCAACGGGGAGGUAAUACUCACAAGUACAGACGAACUGGACAAGGCUGAUAACAACUAUCUCCUGGAGAACGAGACAUUCCCGGAGGCCCUAGCACCGACACCCACACCGAGGUCGCCUGACCCUCCUGUAGUCACCAAGAAACCUCCCCCUAGAAGAAGUCCAGCUCAAAGAGCCAGUCCAGUCAAAUCAAAACCACAAGCUUCACCAUCUGCGACGAAUGCACAUACCCGAAGAGUCACAAGUGAAAAUGUGUCGGAGAGCAACAAGGCCCGUGGGGCCAUGCAGCGAGCUGCUAACCCGGUCGUAACCAGAAGGCUACCGCUGAGUUCAUCAAGCUUAGGGUCGGGCGCAGGCCCCGCGCGGCGCAGCCCGGGCGGCCCGGCGGCGGCGCUCGCGCAAGCCGUGUCCGGCGUGGCGUGCGUCGUCUGUGGCCGACACUUCGCGCCCGACCGCAUUGAGAAACACCAGGAGAUCUGCAAGAAGGCCAAAGCUAAGAAACGGAAGCCUUUUGACGCUCUCAAGCAUAGGCUAGCUGGUACAGAAGCUGAGCCCUUCAUCAGCAAGCUUCGCAAGGCGCCCGCGAACGCGACGUCCAACGCGUCCUCCAACACGAAGGUGAGCAAGCCGCUGAACAGCAACUGGCGGCAGAAGCACGAGGAGUUCAUCGCCGCCAUCCGCGCCGCCAAGCAGGUGCAGGCGCACAUCAACGCUGGGGGUAAGCUAAGCGACCUCCCUCCUCCCCCUCCAUCGGAGAACCCGGACUACGUGCAGUGUCCCCACUGCGGGCGUCGCUUCAACCAGCAGGCGGCCGAGCGACACAUCCCCAAGUGCGCCAGCUACCAGUUCAACAAGCCCAAGCCCAACACCAAGCGCCGGUAGCCGACCAGCCCCGACACCACCCGAACAUACCCGAACGGAACGACCGUCACGUUUCAAUUUUGAAUUUGGUUCUCGAAUAGCUACGUUUCUCCACUCGUGCGUUUCGCUGCUGUAGCUAGUGACUGCAGAUCGGCUCCUGUUCGGUGAUCACUCGUCUCGUCCGUUGUCACUGUACUUAUAUUUAGGUGUGAUUUCUGGCUGUACUCAUUCUAGGAAUAACAAAUCGUGAAGUACCACGGCUGACUCCUGUCAGAUCAACAUUAUGUCCGAUUACAACAUCGACUGCAGCAAGGACCUUCCCUCUAAUUGGUUACUCGACACUUUCUUGCAAAUCGUUUUCACUUACACCUUGUUCUAUUUAGUGAAAACUUUCUACGAUAUUUUAAGCCCUAACCCGAAUAAUAGCUACUAAAAUGGAGGCGGUCGAUCAAGCCAUUAAAAAUGAUGCAUUAGAGCUGAACUGUAAAAAGUACAGCUUUUUCAGUUUACAAGACUUUAUCCUGCGAAUGUGCUUGGCGUCCAUGAUUUACUACGUUUUGUGGACCGCCAUUUGCUAUGUCCAUGACCUGGUGUGUGACAGCGCGCGCGUACGCAUGCAUAGAGUAUUGUCAGACAUUCUUUAAGCUCUAUCGCUGUAUAACUUUGUAGACGGUCUAUUACAAGUGUAAAAUUAAUUUUAGUAUUUUCCAAUUCUAACGUUCUUUUUUCUAAGACUCAAAUAAACUUACUAUGAGACACUAUCAAAUUAACUAAUUUCAUUUUUAUACAAUGCCUUUGUCGCAACUUUGACAUUGUAUAAAAAUGUGCACGAAUGCUACUCGUAUUUUUUUUUUAAACUUAACUAAGCGGACAUGAAAAGACGGACUGUGUAAGUGGAAGUUAAAAUUGAAAUUUUGUACUUAGCAAGACCUUUGUUUGUACUUAGG